CAGCAUCACCACAUACAGGCAGAGAGAAAUAGAGAGCGAGAGAGAGAGAGACCAAUAGCGGUAUCUGAGGAAAGGAGGCAACCUCGCAGGAGAGAUAGAGCAAUUCAAAACACCAGCCAGCAUUACAGGGAAACAUGGACGCAGUGGAAAACCUUUGCCUCAUGCAAGCAUCAGCGAGGAUGCGGCGUUCACGGCGCACCAUCGGAGUUAUGCACGGACUCUGUUUUUAAUGCGGCGGGUGGGGACCCGCAGCAAGCUGAAAAGGCGGAAAGAUUUCUCCGAACCGUAUGUAAAUUCUGCCCGCCUGCGAUGGCUGGGUCGGCACGAUGCUGUUACAGAGCAAUGGAGAAUAUAUUUUGUGAUUUUUGUGUGUUGGUGUUCUUGUUCAGUGGCCUUAUAAAUGCAAAAAUCCGAUACUCCAUUCCGGAGGAGCUGGAGAACGGGGCACCGGUCGGUGACAUUGUCAAGGAUUUGGGUCUGGAUCUGAGUAAACUUUCCACUCGACGCAUCAAAAUCACAUCGGACAGUGCACGGAGAUACUUCACUAUAAACCACAAAACCGGAAAGCUGGUGGUGAGUGACCGCAUUGACCGGGAAACAGUUUGCGAAUCCCGCGUCACCUGUUCACAUAACCUGGAGGUGGUGCUGGAGAACCCGCCGGACGCGCACAACGUGGAGGUGGAGAUUUUGGACGUGAAUGACAACGAACCCCAGUUCCCUAGAGAUGAAUACCAGCUUGAGGUGUCGGAGUCUGCCCUCACUGGGUCACGGUUUAACAUUGAGGGAGCACAAGAUGCAGAUGAGGGGUCCAACUCUGUGAAACAGUACCGACUGACUCCAAACGACCACCUGACUUUGGACUCCAUUAAACCCUCCUCCAAUAAUAAGGAAAUUGAGUUAAUUCUCAAAAAGCCCUUUGACCGGGAGCAGAUGCCCUCUCAUCAACUUAUUCUGACAGCAAUAGAUGGAGGCACUCCACAGCGAACUGGCACGGCCAAAAUCAAUGUCCGAAUCCUUGAUGCCAAUGACAAUGGGCCUAAGUUUAAUAGUUCAAUGUAUAAAGUUAAAGUGCCUGAAAACUCUCCAAAUGGGGCACUUGUGAUUAGGUUAAACGCAACAGACCCGGAUGAGGGCUCAAACGGAGAAGUUUUUUACUCCUUUAGUAGUUACACACCUGAAAGAGUUCGACAGGUGUUUUCUAUGGACACAAACACAGGGGAGAUUAGGGUAAAGAAUAACAUAGACUAUGAGGAGACUAACUCCUAUGAAAUGUAUAUACAAGCAAUGGACAAAGGUCCAGCCCCUGUGGCAGGACACUGUAAAGUAGUUGUAGAAGUGUUGGACGUCAACGAUAACAUUCCUGAGAUUAUAUUGUCUUCACUUUCCAGCCCUGUGCGUGAGGAUGCACGGGCAGACACAGUGGUGGCAUUGAUUAGUCUGAACGAUCGGGAUUCUGGACAAAACAAACAGGUGUCCCUGGAGAUCAUGCCCCACUUGCCUUUUAAGAUCAAGUCCUUCAGAAACCACUAUACAAUUGUCACAUCUGCUUUUCUGGACCGGGAAACCAUCUCAUCAUACAAUGUUACAGUCAGUGCUGUGGAUGAGGGCACACCACCUCUAUCAUCUCAAAUGAGCUUCAGGGUAGAUGUUGCAGAUGUUAAUGAUAACCCACCUCGUUUUGAGCAGACUUCAUACACUGUCUAUAUUACAGAGAACAACGCUCCAGGUGCAUCUCUCUGCGUUGUUAAGGCCACGGACGCUGACGAUUCAGAAAAUGCACGCAUCACCUACACUGUCCUCAAUGACAACAAUCAUGGGAUACCUGUAGCCAGCUACGUUAGCAUCAAACCUGACACGGGUGAGGCCUAUGCCCUACGGGCCUUUGACUUUGAAAAGCUUCGAGAGUUUCACUUUCAGAUUAAAGCCCAGGAUAACGGCGUGCCUCCCCUCAGCCGUGUGGCAACGGUAUAUGUUUACAUUAUGGAUCAGAAUGAUCAUGUUCCCAGGAUUGCUUAUCCACCCGCCAAUGGGACACUAAUGAAAAAUGCUGAAGCCGGCCUUUUGGUUAGCAAGGUGACAGCAUGGGAUGGUGAUGCAGGACAGAAUGCCUGGCUGUUUUAUGCCCUGGAACAGACCAACAAAGACCUUGACCUUUUUAAGGUACAUGAGUACACAGGUGAGAUCCGCACCACCAGGCGAGUCAUUGAAGACAACUCCACCGCCUUUGUUCUGAAUGUCCUGGUUCGAGACCACGGCAUACCGCCGCUCUCCUCAACCACCACUAUCCAUGUGCAUGUGAUGGACCUUCCUCCGAAGUUUACCCCUGACCCGAAACAGAUUGUCAGGCCUGACAGCCCACUAAUGUUUUCCCCCGUCACGCUCUACCUCAUCAUAGCCCUGUGUGCCACAACCUUUGUAUUUCUAGUCACUGUCUUUGUACUUGCCAUUGUGAGAUGCCAUGCCUACUGUAGCCAGACUGGUUCCUGCUCCCCAUGUUGCGUAUCCCAGAAGAACAUGCCGGAGGGUGGCACCUCGGCAGCUGGUGGUGGAGCAAGGGCUGCAGGUGGGGCUGGAGGAGGUGGAGGUGGAGGUGGAGGAGCACAGCAAAACAUCAAUGUGGCCCUGCGCCGUGACCUCAAAGUAGAGCCGCAUUAUAUUGAAGUGAGAGGGAAUGGGUCCUUGACCAAAACAUACUGCUAUAAGACGUGCUUGACUGCCACGUCAGGAAGUGACACUUUCAUGUUCUACAACACGGGAAGGCCUCACAGUGGCACCUGGGGCUCGGGCUAUGUCACCAGCCACAGCGGACAGAGCCAGAUAUUUGUGCGGCGACUCAGUAUGCCAGAUGCAACUUCCAUGCAGCCCAAGGCGCCUGGUUCUGACUGGAGAUACUCAGCCUCCCUGAGAGCAGGUGGUGUAAUGCAGAGCUCAGUGCACAUGGAAGAGUCUUCAGUCAUGCAGGGAGCCCAGGGAGUCCUGGUACAGAACUGGCCCACUGCAUCGAGCGCUGCUGAUGGUGAAGGAGGAGAGGUUUCGCCACCUAUGGGUGCCGGCGUUGACAGCAACAGCUGGCACUUUCGCUACGGCCCGGGUGGUCCCGGAGCUCCCCCACAGCACCUGAAGCCUGGAGAGGUUCCUCCAGAAGCGUUUAUCAUUCCUGGCUCCCCGGCCAUAAUUUCCAUCAGACAGAACCAGGGAGGGGAGGACGACAAGAGCGACUUCAUCACCUUCGGAAAGAAAGAGGAGGCCAAGAAGAAGAAGAAGAAGAAGAAGGAAAAGGAGAAGAAAGACAAGAAGGAUAAAGGGAAGGAUGACGGCGAUGAGUAAAGCAGAGAGCAGAAAAUGCAUAAAAUGGCUACGGAGAAAAGGGGGUUGUUAAAACAGAGGUACCAACCAAAGUUCACUGGGCAAAAUGAGAAAAUUUUAUUCUGUUAUCCAUUAAUGCUGAUAAAGUUUCAAAGCUUUUUGUCUCAUGAUUUUGGCCUUACCAAGAUAUAGUUUACCUUCAGUUACAUACUGAUGUAAAUUAUUUAUCUUGCCUUUUAUACGAUUAAUGACACAGCAAAAGAAAACGAUUGUUGGGUUUUUUUUCUCUCCAUGCCCCAAUGUGCCUACGCACCCUGAGUCUACUUUUAUUAUCCUUUUGGAAGUGGAAGCCCCAGUCUUACCCUUGUGUUGUUUUUAUUUUCUCUUUUAACCCACUGGGCACGUUGGCACCUCUGUCUUAUCCCCUCCCCAACGACAAUGUGUAAAGAUUUCUCUAAUCGAAGAGACCAGUACGUUGAACAAGAACAACCUAAAGCUGUGCCAGCCAAGGAAAAAAAAAAAGGAAACAUGAAGAAGAUUGACACAGAUGCAUGCAGUCUGGAGCUGGACACACUCUACUUGUAAAUAGCACAAACAAGAGUCACUGAAACUAAAGGCUAAACUGACACUGCUGCAAAUUCACUGGUAAUUACCAACAGUGUUCCCUGGAAUCUCAAUGAAGCCACAUGCGCACACACUAACGCAUUCAAACAUGCAAACAGCGUCUUAUUACCCAUGAGACAAUGGACACAGGAAGCACCUGAGGCCUAGCAAGAGGUGGGUGAGGGAAAAUAUGAGAGAAAAGACUGGCUUAAAACUGGACACUGCAAGUUCCUCGCCCUGCACAGUCACUUCUUUAGGGUGCAGAUGUACAUCAACUCUCUCAGGAUGGAAGCAGAACCAUUUGCAAUUGCUCUAUAUUUGCUUUGAGGAGAAACAAUGAGCUUUAUCUUCUGCAAGAGCCCCAACUGAGGAGUCAAGAGACCCCUGGAAGGAUGGAGAAAAGAUGGGGAGACGGUUCACGUUCUCCGGACCAUCACAGAGGGUUGAGUGCAGCUGAGGUGGCUUUAUAUAGUGGACUCUGAAGAUACCUUACAGAGUAUUUGGAGAAAUUUUGAUAUCACCUCUUCUUCUCCUCCUUUUUGCAGCAGCAGCUGAAUGCUUUCUGCUUUGAAUGUUUGGUAGCAACCAAUCCUUACCUGACACCUUGAGUUUACAGAUGAUCUCCUGCUUGUAUUUGUUCCCGGCCGCCACAAAACCAAAAUUUAUUGAAAUCACUUUUUAUUUGCUCGUUACCCAUCCUGCUGACAGCCUCUCAUGUAAAACUUGUGAAAUGUCUUCUUUUUGUUCUUUUAAGAGAUUCAAUAAUUCCUGUUCUGGUGUUUUAGUUUUUUUUUCUUCCUCUUCUUCAUAGCUUUAAUUGCUUUAUGCUUUACAUGCUCACCUCACCUUUAUCCUCAGACACCCACUCGACCCCCUGCUCUGAUGGCCUGCUCUGAACAUUGUGGUGUGCUGAGAACAGCAUGGAGUAAUGUGGACGAGGCCCAGGGAGAACCAAACAGGGCUCUGCACCCUGAACCCUUGUCAGAUGCUUCUCAAGUGCAAAAUGGUUCAGUGCUUUUAACUUGUGUAUACUACAGUAUGUGGUUCAUUUCCUGUUUGUAGAUAAUCAUGAGAGGAGGCAUGGUGGGAUAGGGCUGAUUACAGGGACUGUAAAGAAAUGGGAUAGAGUGAGGAGUGAUUUAGAAAAAAAAAAUGGAUUCACCAACUUGAUUGUUUAGGAACAUUAGGUCACAUACUAGCUUCUAUGUACGCUGUAAAUGUAGCGUAGACUUUUCAGAUUGUCUGAACAGUAGUUACUGAAACUUGAGAAAUAUUGGGCACAUGGGGAUUUAUUCCCUGAGCUUUAUCCCACCAACUCUUCUCGCAGACGGUUUUUGAAAAGGGGCACGCACGUGCCUCAAGACCUGCUUCUGUUGGUUACCCUCCCGUUGCCUGUAACUUGUUGCCACGUCCCAAAAGUUUUGCGGAUCAGUAUGACGUCACUCCAUUAAGUGGCUGCUGCAUGUACUGCUCUACGGAAACAAACACUAUAUAGAGAAAUAUAUAUAUAGAUAGAUUGCUCUGAUUUUAUUCUUUUGUAUCAUUAUUAUUUUUUCUUCAUUCUUCGCACAGGAAAUAUCUGUAUGUACUGCUGUCGCUGCCAAGCAUCUAUGUACCACAAUGUUCACCCUCCACAGAUGUUUUAUGGCAUCCACUAACCCUCUUUAGGUAUUUGUAAAUGAUAUAGUGUGAUACCUUUCGAUUGCAAGUUUAUUUUUCUCUCUUUUUCCUACAGUGGUUUUGCGUUUGAACACAAGCAAAGCAAGGAAAAAAAGUUUUAAAAAAGCGAAAGAAAAAAAAACUAUCACUCUGUCUCUGGCUUUGACAUGACAAUUUAACUCUGUAUUAUUGUAACUGAAAUAUGUAUGAUUAUAUGAAGAGCUAUCACUUCCCUUUCACUAUCAUUAUAAUAAACAAAAAUGAAAGAAAAAAAAUCCAGUGAAAAAACAAUUAAAAGCAAACAAAAAAAAGGGUAUAUGUUAGUGUAUUCCUGUGUUUAGUGAGUGUUCAUGCUGUCAUUCUUUCCCGAUGUAUGGUGGUGAACUAUGGUGGCCAUGCGCUGUCCUGAUUGGACUAGCGGAGAUAUGUUGUAAAACCUUUUUUGUACACCUUCUCAUCAACUGUAACAGUGAAAAGUAGUGGAUUUCAUUUAUUUCAUUUAGUUUUCAAGCUUUUUAUUUUACCUAAAUGGAAACAGUGGUAAUGUGUUUGGUUUAAAAAUCACAAAUAAAAUUUUCUUUCUGAUGCGUA